AGUCCAAGUGCUACAACCAGGAGGGCGAGCUCAAAUUGUUCAACGCCCAACAGUCGAUCCAAGCCUGUGUUUCGAUUUGGAUCCUCAAGCAUGUUAUGGAAUAUUCAAGCCAAAUGCCAAAAGCCGAAUUUAGUACGAUUAGGCGAGCAAAUGUGUCCUCGAACGUGUGCAGCGUGCUGCAAAAGCAGAAAAUUCAACUUUUCAGUUGGACAGUGCGACAGUUUUACUCAAGCAAUGUGCAGAAUACCUUCUCUCAACAAGAUCGCAUUAGAAAUAUGCCCACAUACAUGUGGACUUUGUGACUUACCUGGUGCUGAUACCAUUGAUGGUUGCGAAAGCUUGAGGGGAUUUUGUCACUUUGAUUCUAUUAGAAAUAUAUGCCAGAGGACGUGUUUAUCACGAGCUUGUUUUCAAAACUUCACAGGUUAA